UUCGAGUCCUGUAUCCCGAGACGUCAUCGUAAGGGUUUCUGAAUACACCUUAGUCCCUAAUGGCCAAAUCCGCACACAAAAUUGGUUCUUUGCUGUUCUGCCCGGAUUGUGGGACUUUGCUAGACUUUCCAACUGCCGACGCCGAAUUCAUUCCUUGUGAACAAUGCGGCUUCCAAGAGAAAGCCUCAGCUUAUGAGAACAUUGUGAUCACGACACGCUCGCACCUAGAUGCGUUUCCAUCUGUCCUCAGGCAAAAGCGAAAGACUCAGACAAAGAUUCAUGAAAGCGGCGAGACGCGCAUGAUUGUCAAUGAACAAUGUCCGAACUGCGGCCAUGAUGAGGCAUACUCGGAAGAAAAACAGAUGCGAAGUGCCGACGAGGGCUCGACUAUCCUGUACACUUGCGUUUCUUGCAGACAUGGAUGGCGGUUGAACAACUGAAUGAAUGAUUUAUGACGUUUGUGAGGAUCGGAUUCAUUCUUUCCAUACUUCGGCAACUCGGUUUGAAUAGCCGUUUUCUGCCAAGACCCUCAACAAUGCAACAAUGCGUAGUAUUACGGCACGGGAUAUACGCAUGCUCAUACAUAAACGCCGACUGAACAGAAGAGUGCGACUAUGCCGAAGCCGGCAAGAAUACUCGCGGUAGACGCGACUGCAAUCUCGCGCAGGGGCAUGCUUGAUUUUGGGAGUCUAAUUGGCGCGUAGAGAAUCAGCUGAGGCACAUUGCAUGUACUUGGACGUCAUGACGCACGUU